AGUCCCAACAUCUUGAGCUCGAUCGCAAACCCUCAGACACUUGUUCCCCCAGCCGACGUACAUGAAGCACCCGAGAGACAUCGGCGCCAUGCCGCUCUCCCUCGCGCUGUCCCUCGGCGCCGGCGUGGCCCCCGGGCACGGCAGCAGCAAGCGGCCCCGGCGCGCGGCGGGCGGCGGGGACGGCGAGUUCGUCUGCAAGACGUGCAGCCGCGCCUUCGUCUCGUUCCAGGCGCUGGGCGGGCACCGGACAAGCCACCUGCGGGCCGGCCGGCACGGCCUUGCGCUCGGGAUGCCCGCGCCGGCGCCGGCGAAGGAGGCGCCGCCGCCCGCGACGACCCACCUGUGCCACGUCUGCGGGCUCGGCUUCCAGAUGGGCCAGGCGCUAGGCGGCCACAUGCGGCGCCACCGCGAGGAGGCUGCCGCCACCACCGCGCAGGCGCCGCCCGUCCUCCUCCAGCUCUUCGUGUAGAGUUUUGCCCGUCCACGGAGUCUAGCUAGUAGAGGAAUUCUUCGCGUUCCUGUCGUCACUCGUGAGUCUGCUGCGCAUCGUAGAUUCACAGUACAGUUGUUGGCGUCAAUUCAUUCAUUCAUUCAUUUAGUUGUAUACAUGUAAAUAACUGAUUAGUUAUUUUAUUGUUCCUAAUCUA